UGAAAGAAAUUGUUUUAUCUGUUUUUACUACUAGUUUUUUUUGGUCUGGAAAGCAAAUAUUGCAGUAGUGCUUUCUGAUCAGAAGUGAUCUGUUGGGCGGGACUUACACACCUAUGGCGUGUUUCAUUGGCCGCUUCAGCGCCCGGAAGUUAGAGUCGGUCAAAAUUCAUCCAAUUGGCGCGUUCUUUCCGUAGAAAUUGAGCACCUAGAACGGAAGGUAACAUGAGGUAAAGUGAUUUUAGAAGCGGAAUUGAAAGCCCGAAUGUGUAAACACUGCAUUUUUAGUGGGAUAAAUAUGCAAGUAAGUUAAUAUUGAGAUGUAAAUGAUAAGAUAAAGAAAUUAUUUAAAAAAUGUGUUAUCACGUGGUAUCUAUUUCCGGUAGUGAUUGGGCUUUCUGAGCCGCCGAGCGCCCUCUUGACGAAACGCUACUUUUAAUGCCCGAUAUUUCAGUCUAAUACGUUUCUAUCUUCCAAACACACGACGGAAGCACAACACCGGAGAUGAAUGAAGCACGUUCUGCGGCGUGAGAAAACACCGGAGCUGGCCUGUUUACGUUGGUCCCAACCGCCGUUAAAACCCAAGAAAAAGUCUGUGGUGUAGAAAUGGGAAUCUCAGAGGGAAGCUCGUUGGUGCAGAUGUGCAUCCUCAAAGUUGCUCACAACAUGGAUGUGUUAGAAAGAAAGGUUACGAAUCUGCCUGUGUCUCUCCUGAAGGACUUACUCCCACAUCUAAACAUUUAUUACCUGGACAGGAUUGAGACUGCUGCUGCCACCAAAGGAGUCUCCACCUCUGUGAUCUGGGCAGCAAUAUGGAGAGAUCUGGAUCAGUCGUGGCGCUGGAGGUUGAAGUCAGCGCUGCCCGAUCAGGACUGGAAGCAGAGAUGUCUGGAGCGACUCUUUCACAUGGUCCUGUUCGCUCAGGUCAGACAGGCGGGGCCGUACCUUUCCGAACUCAGCGAUUCCUCCAUCCUCUCCAUGACGGUCAAACACGUCAGGGUCCUUUCUCUCCACACAUCAUCCAGAAACAUCUGCAGGCUGGCGUCCGUGGACCUGCGGCCCAUCCUGAGCAGUUUAGAAGAGGGAGUGACGUCCCUCAAAUUACUGGACGUGAUAACGCUGUUCAAACACGGACGGAAACACGUGUUCUUUAUCCUCCACCGGCUCCUGGAUCACGGCUCUGUCAGAGAAGUGGUUCUGAGAAGAAAUCCAGAUUCAUCUUUCCUGAGCUGGCUUGCGUCCAGACGCAGAGGUCCUCAGCUGACCGUGUCCGCCGCUUCAGAGGCGUCCCGCUCAGACGGCUGCGAGUCAGAGUCGAGGGGCAGCGCAGAGCCGGAGGAACCCGCCGCCAAACGCCUCGCUUUAGACGUGGAGGGAAACCCAGAGCUUCUGUGCGGCGAGGUGUGGUCCUCAAGCAGCGCCGCUGACCGCUGCCCUGAAGGUCAGAUCCAGUCGCUCGAUUUAGAAGUGUCCAAAUGUGAGAUCCUGAGCACAGUGGCACAUAUCCUGCCCACGUGGCUGUGUCUUCGCACGCUACAUCUCCACAGCGACUGGCUCAUCAGUGAGCAGGAGAUGUCCGUGUUGGUGGAGUCUCUCAGAGGCUUGUUUCUGAAGCCCGGCUGCUCUCUGACGGAUCUCAGCGUAAGUCAUGUUAGCGGUCACACACACUUGAUGAGCCUGCUGAGAGCCUGUCCAACCCUGCUGAGCCUGUGUCUGGAGAUCUGCCCGCCUGCCGACAGAAGCACACAGACAGCCCAGCGCCGGGCGACCGAAAACAGAGAGCUCUGUCUGGAGAAGCUGACCGUCAAGUCCACAGGCCCAAUGAGAGUGGCGUGUUUUCUGCCCUUCCUGACAUCGGCUCCAAAACUCAACAGCCUUCAGUUCACGGGAAUACAUCUGUCACAGCGUUUUUUUCACACGUUAACAGGAUCUACUCCAUCCCUCAAGGUAUUAAAGUUACAAGACAUAAACCUGUCUGACUAUCACCAGGAGAUUCUUCAGCUUCUGGAACAUUCUCCGUUAGAAGAGCUGUCCUUCAGAGACUGCAGGCUGCUGGAUAAGUGUGCUGUAAAGAAGGACUUCCUGCUGCCGUUUGUAGAAGCUCUGAAAGGGAUUUCUUCCCUCCGGACCCUGACGCUCAGCCAGAAUCGACUGGCAACGAGCUCCAUAGAGAUGGCUGAAUUGUUCUCGGGAUGCCGCCCGAGUAAAAUCACAAAACUAGACCUUAGCUCAAAUUUCAUUCUUCCUGCUGAGCUGCUGGAGUUUGCGCAGCUGCUGGAAACAUACAGACCCGUCCAGCGACUGACGCUUGACCUGCGCUUUAAUCCACUGGAUCGUGACCCUGAACUCAAAGGUCAAGCUCUGCGCAAGCUCAUCCCAUACUGUAAUAUAUUAACAGACGACUGGGACUCCAGGUCGACGAUGGCAGAUCAUGUCAGUGUAAUGUGACGA